GUCGAACUCAUCGUAUCAAUCAUCGCGCUCGCGAAGUGUCAGCUGACAAUCGUUCAGUCGUCCUUGGUGGGCUCUAUCCUGAGCAAUCUCUUGCUGGUACUGGGCAUGUGUUUCUUUGCCGGUGGUCUCCGCUUCUCGGAACAGGGGUUUGGUCAAAGUGCUGUGCAACUUAAUUUAUCAUUGCUGACCAUUAGCGUGAUUGCUGUUCUGUUACCUGGGGCUUUUCACAUGGCUCUUCAGGGUCAACCAGAAUAUGACGAAUUGUCAACCGAUUCAAACAUAUUGAAAACUAGUCAUGGCGUUGCAAUCAUUCUCCUUCUCAUCUACGCCUCAUAUCUGGUUUUCCAGUUAUUUUCGCACAAAGCCCUCUACGCUGAUGAUAACGAAAAUAUGCAACCAACCAAGGCGUACGCAGGCCAGAAACCAUUUCGGUUGCACAGGAGACGUAGGAUCAUCACGGACGGCGAAAAUGUGUCUUCCCCAAGUUCGACACAUGACAGAGAGGCAGCCGCAACGUUUGCAGACGCCAACCCUGACGUGGAACCUGGGACUUAUUCCAUAGCAUCAGUGGAGAUUGAGAUUCAACCACUGAUGAACAUCGCUGUGUGCAUUUGGCUUUUGGCUGUCGUAGCUGUGUUGACUACUGUUACUGCAGUGUUCCUCAUUGACUCGAUUGAUGGCUUGACUUCAUCUGGGUCGAUCAACAAGGAGUUCGUUGGUAUUAUUUUGCUCCCGAUCGUUGGUCACGCAGCGGACCACGUCAUUGAAGUUACGGUAUCCGUCAAGGAUAAAUUGACUUUAAGUUUGGGCGUUGCUGUGGGUUCGAGUAUUCAAAUCGCGCUCUUUGUGAUUCCAUUCAUCGUGACACUUGGUUGGAUUAUGAACAAGCCAUUGACACUUCUCUUUGACCCUCUGGAAUCCAUUGUCAUGUUUCUCUCCGGUGCGUGGAUGGAUGGAUGCGGGAGAACGUGCUAAUUGGAAGGAGAAAAUAGUUCUUACUGUCAAUUAUGUCGUGCAGGAUGGCAAGUCAAAUUGGCUGGAAGGAAUGAUCCUCAUGUGUAAGUUGCUGUAGCAUUUUUGG